UCUAUACUGAACAUUAUAUACGGAAUUCUGGGUCUGUUAUUAGCAGAAAAGAAUUCGACCACGCAGAUAGAUUGACGUUCCAUGGUUAUAGAUCCUUUUGGUAAUCUAUAAUCAAUAAUUAAUUAAAAAUUUGCUGUAAUCAAACCCAAAUUAUCUGAUAAACAAUUUUGGAAUCAUGUUUGGAAUGAUUGGAAAGAAACACGUAGAAUUAGCAAUAAGAUGGAUUCCAUCAGCAGCUACCUAUGGAACUGGAGCUGGCUUAGCUUUACUUUAUUUUACGGAUUGGAAAUUGGUCUUGCAAUACGUACCAUAUUACAGAGGAAAAUAUGACUUGUCAAAAUAAAUUAUUAUUAGCAUUAAAAUGAAAAAGUGUUCUUCAAUAGUGUGAAACUCAUGAAUAAAUAAAUAGUUUUAAACGUUGUUAUUAUU